UGUGGGUAUUUUAAGCGUUGCUCGUUUCCUCAAAGCACUUCCGUCGCUCGUUUUCACAGUGUCCUCUGUCUUUACCCGUUCCUUCCACGCAAAAAAACUCGACCAUGUUCCGCCGUAUUGCCCUUGCUUCCGCCGCCUUGCUCAGUGUUGUGUCUGCACAGUUGACCAUCAUAUCUCCUGGAGCUAGUGACUGGUGGGUCGCGUCGUCGCAGAACACACUCUCGUGGACGUGUUCGACUUCUCCAUAUAUGAACUUUACCAUUCUUGUCGCCAACCCAAACACCGCAAUUCUCGCUUCACCCCUUGCUAUCAUUGCCGUUCAAGAAAACUAUGACUGUUCCAAAACCAUCACCCAGCAGCAAUCAGCGCAACCCGCUGGUACCGGCUACAUUCUUCAGUUCGCAAACACUCUGAACGAAACCGACAUCUACGCUCAGAGCGAGCCAUUCGAGAUCAAGGCUCUCGGUUCGUCUUAUCCCACCACUACCUCUGGUGUUGGCGGCACUGCUACCGGAACUGCUACCGGCUCCUCUAGCAGCACUACUUCAACUUCUACCAAGACUGGUGGUACCCUCGCCCAAUAUAUUCCUGUGGGCAUGAGCAUGGCCGCUGCUCUUGCUCUGGGCUUGGUUGUUGCCUGA